AUGAAUGGGGAAUUCGAUUCGGACCUGAGCAGUCAGAUUUGUUCGUUGACCAUGGAAUCCUCACGGGCAAAAGAUUCAGAGGAAAACUUUUCCAACCAAGAAACGAAAGUUACGAAUCACAAAUCAACCAAACCGAACGAUUUACCCUCCCAAUUCGGAUUUGUUGGACCCUUUGUAUCUAACUCAUCGAAAUCGAGCUGCCGAGGAGAUGGCAGUGGCGAAGUUCAGUGUUGUGCAGCUGACGGUGGAAUUUGUCGACCCGUGCUUAAGGAAUCAUUCAGCUCUGUUGCGUCGUCUGCAUCAACAAACCAGAGUAAGGCCGCGAGCGUAGUAAAUGCAACCGCAUCUUACGUAAGCGAUCAAAGUAACGCAAACCCUGAUUCCCCGGCCGUAUGCUCAACGGGCGAUCCCAUUCACAACACCAUUGACUCACUGAAGGCUUUAUCCUUAAAGUCCGACUCCUUGAAGUCCUCGCCUAAUCCUGUCAAUAACCCAGGAACUGUGAAAUCUUCAAGACCGAGUCCUUUUAACGCCCCUCCUGUCGAAGUACACUCGUUCGAUUUUGAAAAAAGUCAGUCAGGUAACAAGCUCGAUGGAUCUGGCUUUCUGAGUGAAACUCUUCCGGGUAGCACGAUAGGCCAGGGAAAAUUUCAGGCUCAAUCCUUGUCAGAUGCCUCAUGUUUGAUGGACAACAACUUCUCGGUUCCUAAUUACCGCGGUCAACUGGGUGGUGAAGGUGAUAUUGCUCAGUCUAUCAACGCCGGUGAUGGGCAUUGUUUGUCUCUAGGCACUCCUGCAAACACUGGCAAUAAUUUGUACUGGAGCUCUCCUGGAAACAAUUUGGGUGAAGACUUCAGCAGCCUCCAAGCCACACUCUCAAUGAACAGUAUGUCGCCUUUGCCGUCUAACUUCUUCACACAACAAGCGGGUAAUUCUGUAAAUGGCAGCGUGUCCCACUCGCCCAGUUCGGCAUCUGUUGCCGCUGCCUUCGCCGCCGCAGCCGCAAAGCGUGCAAUUACUGGUGGCCACCAAAAUACGCGCUCUGGAGCUUCGUCAAGGCCACCGUGCUGGAACCCAUCCGCCACUGCUGCAUUUGACCAGAAUUUACUCGUUUCCGAGCAAUCGGGUGCUUGUCCCCUGGUUCCCUCUAUAGGCAUGAUUAACUCAAAGCCAAGCUGGACAGGAAACUUUGGUAACGGUGGGAAUUCCGGCCCGUGGAACACAUCAAAUAUCCUUCAGCAAAACAUUUCAAAGGCAAAUUUCACUGAUUCCCCGACCGGUAGUUUGCCAUGCACUAAUGGAAACCUACGUUUUGGCAUGAAUCCAGUCAAUUUCUCAACAUCCGGAAUGAGUACCAACCCAAUUAUGAAGCCACCUAGCUCUAACGCCCUGGCAAACAUCUAUAACAUGUUCCCCAAACGCCCUCAACAUCGCAUGAUGGCGCACUGGCAACAGCAACAACAACACCAGAAUUCUCUCCAAAAUAAUCAUAUGCAACAAGCUUCUUCUGGAGUGAUGGUUAAUAAGGUUCAAAAUACAGUUUUUUCUGGUUCCUCAAUGCUCACUCCGUCGUUUACGUCGCCGGACUGCAUGCAGUCGUCGCAGCUUAGCGAAACCGCAGGUGUGGCGAACUCAAAGGCCUCGCACAACACUUUUGCGGCCGUCGGGCAAAAUCCUGCAGGUGUUAAUACAAUAUCAAAUAGUUUGCUCAUGGCGAACGGGAUGGAAAAUAUGGGUGCCUCGUCGGUUGCUGCUAGUAACUCAGAAAAGCUUUCAUCGUUGGAUCCUUUUAAGUUUGGCUUUGAUUCUCAGUGGUUGGAAGUUAUUAAAACAUUAGACGCCAACAGCAGCGCAACAACCAAUCUACUCGACGAUCUGUCUUUAAAAAAUUUGCCAACCUCUGAUGGAUUCCAGAACGCGAUGAUGAACCAAAUUUCGGGUGUGCCACCACCUAGCUGCAGGACUGGGGGCAGUAUUUUGUCUUCAGCUGGAUUUCAAAACCAACCUCUGACAGGCAUGGGUCCACCGUAUUCAUUUCUUUCUGGCAUGUCACCCCGCGAGGAAGGAUAUUCCCGCAAAGUCUUUGUUGGCGGACUGCCUCCCGAUAUCGAUGAAGAGGAAAUAACAACUGCCUUCCGCCGUUUCGGGCCGCUUAUUGUUGACUGGCCUCACAAGACCGAAAGCAAGGCCUAUUUUCCCCCGAAAGGCUACUGCUUCCUGCUUUUCCAAGAAGAACAGUCUGUGCAAAACUUGAUCAGCGCAUGUAUCGUCGAUGAGAACAAGUAUUACUGGUGUGUUUCUUCACCCACAAUGAAAGACAAACCAGUUCAAAUACGUCCCUGGAAUCUAGCCGAUUCUGACUUCGUCAUGGAUGGAUCUCAGCCACUUGACCCACGAAAAACUAUAUUUGUUGGAGGUGUUCCACGUCCGCUUCGAGCAAGUACGUUAAUUUGCAUACAUCCAUGCCAUAUUCAGAGUUAUUUCUUCGGACCAAACUAUCCUGUACAUCUUCGUUAUUUACUUUAG